AUGCUUCUGUGUGCUAUAUCAUGUAUUUUACUAUGGCCAUUAUCAAUGAUUAUCAUAGGUAUUCGAUAUCGAAAUGAAUGUCCAGGUCAACCUCAAUUAUCAAUUUAUCAUAUUACAUUUGGUUCGAUUUGGUUAUUUCUUUUUUUCUUAAAUAUAAUUCGUUGUUAUUCAUUUCAUCGAUCUAUUGAUUUUAUAUCAACAAUAAUUUGGUUAAUCCUUUUAUUAUUAAUUAUUCCAGGUUAUACUUUUAUAUUUAAUAUUCGAAAUAUUAUUCUAAUAUCUGAAACAUAUCCGAAUGAAAUAUGUGUGUAA